CACACACACGCUGACAUUUAAACUGUGGCUGUCAACAGCAAGUUGUCUCUACCAGAACAAAAAAAUCCAACAGUGCAGUACACAGAGAGAAUAACCAUUGCAUUUUGUAGUUACUGUAUUUGCUGAUGGUUAUCUAGUGAGAGUACCAUGUGGGACUGUUAGUGGCUUGGCUGCAUGUCAGCAGUUCUGAGGAGUCUCUUCUAAAGCUCGUCUUCUGACCCUCCCGGACUGAACUCUGCCAAAACCUGAGACACAUUUGGAAUGUGUCUGAAACUCUUCACCCACCGGACAGCUUUCUUUUACAAUCAAGGCGCACCUCUUACCCAAAAAACAUCAGGUGAAUUCCUAACCAGCAAAGUGACAGAAAACUAAAGGAACAAUGAACUCCACAGCCACAAAUACGUCUGUGUGUGUUAAAAUCAAUGACAGUGCCAUCAGUGACUUCCUGAUGUCUGUUUACAUUCUGGCUUUUAUUUUUGGUUUGAUCUUCAAUGUGUUGACCAUGGGACCCAUUUGGCAUCAAAUGCGGCAGCAAAAUGUUUUGGGCAUCUUCCUGCUUAAUCUCUCCAUCUCUGACAUUCUUUUCCUCCUCACUAUGCCCCUUUGGAUCAAUUAUUACCUAAAGAACCACCGCUGGGAGCUAGGUGUCAUUUCCUGCAGUGUAGCUGGCUUUUUCUACUACUCCAACAUGUACAUCAGCAUCUACCUGCUCUGCUGCAUCUCCGUGGACCGCUGCCUGGUGGUCACCGACCCACUCCGCUCCAAGACCUACCGUACAUCACGCUAUGCUUGGGCACAGUGUUUUGGUGUUUAUAUUGUAGUGAUUGUGAUGCACAUCAUGGUACUGGUCCAUGACAAUCUCAAAGAUGCCCAUGAUGACAUUAACAACAAUGACCGUUGUUAUGAGACUUACCCCAUGGAGAGCCCUGUCGCCUUAUUCAACCUGCUCAGAGUGUGCAUCGGCUUCCUGCUGCCCCUGCUGGUGUUGGCAGUGAGCUACUGGAGGGUACUGGCCACUGUGGGUCAGAGUCCUGGCCUGAGUGCUCAGGCUAAGCGGAAGGUCCGCCUGCUGUCCUUUGGGGUGAUUGGGAUCUUCUCAAUUUGUUUUGCUCCAUACCACAUUCUCCUGCUCAUACGCUCACUCGUCUUCUACCACAGCGAAAACGUAUUACCUAAUGGAAGUUACUGCCAGUUUGAACAAAACAUGCACUUGUUCUUCUCAUGUACGCUGGCACUGUCCAGUUUGAACUGCGUGGUGGACCCUGUGUUAUAUGUGCUGGUCAGUAACAGCGUACGGAAGGAGGUGAAACUGUGCUGGAGGAGGUACAGAGGGACACAGACAGAUACAGACUGUGCUCUUACUGCAUACAACAGAGGGAUGCAGAAUACUAAUUUAAUAUGAAAAGUAAGCUGUAUGUGGGUGGACAAGUCCACCUGUGCAUUUGUAUGCAUAUGUGUGUGUGUGUAUGUGCAUAUAUAUACACAAUUAUGCAUAAUGCUGUAGCUGUUUGAAGGUCUUCAUUUUUGGAGUUAGCCAGUAAGUAGCAGGAUUAUUUACAUCCCAUAAUCAACCCUUCGUUCACAGACAAUCAACAUCCUUUGAGAGAGCCACAUUGCCUUUGUUUCCUUUUUUCCUUUUUUUCUUCAUCCUGCACAGUGUAGCAGAGGCAGUUGAAUAACAUGCACCUCAGAGCUCUGUAAUUGGAUUGCACUCCCAGGUUCUGCUCUCCCAAGAGUUCUUCAGUGGCGGCCACUUCUGGUUUGUGGUUGGACACUGCCGGAGUUGAAGAGCCCUUGUGUUUCCCCUCCAAUCUAUACAAGAAUAUUGUGAUAGUGAAUAUGUGGCCUUGCUAUAGCUAAAAGUGCAUUUACUCUAAAGCAUGGCAAAAAGCAUUUAUUAGCAUAACCGUGUGUCCUAAGUGUCUGGCCGUCAGUGAAACAUGUUGAAUGUAAAUAAACCAUCAUAUAAACCAGUGGUUUGAACAGGUGCUCUAGUUUUAGGUUGUUUGGUUUAUGCAGAAAAUAUGUGAGGAUCAAUUUUGCAGUUGGUAUUUUAUGCAUUUCCACAGCGAGGGAAGGCCUUGGGAGAUGAUAAGCUCAUACAUCCAAGCACUUUGCCAUUAUUGUCGCACAUAAAGGUAAUCAUAAAUCCAACACAGCUGCACGUGUCAAGUGGGCAACGGCUGCAAUCAGGAAACCUCUGUGUGUGUGUGCG